AUGGAGGUCUUUGGGUUGAAGAGCCAGUCGCUGCGGUACAGAAUGGACGGCCUCGGCAGCGUGCAGCUCUAUCUCACGCCGCCCGACUACUUUGACCUGUCACCUUCUCCGGCACCACACCGCCAUCUACACGCUGCCGCUGCCAUGUUUACGCCCGUCCGGCAAAAGACGACGCUCGUAGUUGGCGCCUCGCGCGGCAUCGGCCAGGAACUGGUGCAGCAGCUCGCGCAGCAGCAGCCCGACGGGCACGUCAUCGCCUCUGUGCGCAGCGGCGCCGUUUCUGAUGGCGGGCGGCCGCUGCCCAGCAACGUGCGGUCCCUCACGCUGGACCCGUCGUCGGGCAAGUCGGUGCGCGAGGCGGCGGGCAGCGUCGGCGCGCUCGACACGCUCAUUGUGCACGCGGCCGUCGAGGGGCCCGACGAGGCGCGGCUGCUGGGCACGUCGGACGAGCGCAUGGCCGAGUACAUGGACGUGGGCGUGACGGGCGUGCUGCGCGUCGUCAAGGCCUUCCUGCCCGCGCUCAGGGCCCGCCCGACGCGCCAGAUUGUGCUCGUGUCGUCGACGUCGGGCCCGCCCGCGCGGCAGGGCGACGAUACCAGGCCGGCGGCGGCGGCGGCUUCUCGCGGCGGGCCGUACGCCGUGUCCAGGGCCGCGCUCAACAUGGUUGCCGUGCAGCUGCACAAUGAGCUGCACGGGUCCGACGGCUUCACCGUCGUGCCCAUCCACCCGGGCGGCGGCGCGACGGACACGGGCCGGAUAGCGGGUGAGGGGGGCUUGUCCGUCGCCAAGAGCGCGGCGGGCAUCCUCAAAGUGGUUGGCAAGCUGACGCCGCAAAAUUCGGCGACCUUUUACAAUUAUGACGGAACGACGCUGCCAGGGUAG